AUCACUAAGGAACGAUUCAUGCUAAAAAAGAAAAGUCAUAGGUCUUAUUGACCUUUUCUAGCAUCAAACUUGUUCUUGGUCAUCGUAGUUGAUUCAAGGAGACAAUAUCCUCAUUUCAGAUUUUUUUUUUUUGAAAUAUUGAAAGAGCUAGCAAGUUCAACAAUUGAACACAACCUUUUGGAAGAGCUAGCAUCACUCAUCAAUAUGGGUCAUGGUAAUUCAAAAUUCAUGAGAGUUCAAGAUGAUCAUGAAGUGCCAGUCCUCUCUAAAACCAGUGAACAAGAUGUGAUAAAGAGGGCCGCCGGGGUUGCUGAGGAGACUGGAAGAUCAUUUAAAGCUAAAGUUCUGCGUAGAGUUUUUUCUGAGGACUUUGAGAAGGAAAAGAAUAAGAUAUUGGAUCCUCGAGGACAAGCCAUUAGCCAAUGGAGCAAGUUUUACUUAUUUGCAUGUCUAAUUGCUUUAUUCGUGGAUCCAUUGUUUUUGUUGUCGCCUAUAAUCAGAGCUGAAACAUGCGUAGACAAGGGAAAGACUCUUCAAAUUAUCCUCACAAUCAUAAGAUCGUUGGUUGAUGUGUUUUAUGUGAUUCAGAUCUUUGUUAAGUUUCAUACAGCAUACAUAGCACCUUCUUCACGUGUAUUUGGAAGAGGAGAGCUUGUUAUCGAUCAUACAAAAGUUGCAAUGAGGUAUUUACGAAGAGAUUUCUGGAUAGACAUCAUGGCUGCCCUGCCUCUUCCUCAAGUGUUAACUUGGGUAGUUAUACCCAAUUUGAAGGGUUCUGUAUUGAGUGUGCAGAAAAAUGCCAUGUGGUUUAUCAUGAUUUUCCAGUACCUCCCAAGAGUGUUUCUCAUCUAUCCUCUCUCAUCACAAAUUAUUGAUGCAAGCGGUUUUGUGACAGAAUCAGCAUGGACAGGAGCUGCUUAUAACCUUAUGCUUUAUCUGUUGGCAAGCCAUGUUUCAGGAGCUUGGUGGUACAUUCUAGCAAUUGAGCGACAAGAAGCAUGUUGGAGAAGUGCAUGCAGCCUUGAGUCGACUUGUCAAUAUGGAUACUUUGAUUGCGGUACCGUUAAUGACGCUUCUAGGACCAAUUGGUUCAACUCGACAAAUGUCAGAAGUCUAUGCGUUCCAAAGGCAACAGGUCCUAGCUUUUACCAGUACGGGAUAUUUGCAGAUGCAGUGAACUCAAAUGUUAUAGGCUCCCUAUUCUUCAACAAGUACUUUUACUGUUUAUGGUGGGGUUUAAGGAAUCUAAGUUCUACAGGACAAAAUCUUUCUACAAGCACUUACAUUGGAGAAGUAACAUUCACCAUCUUUGUCUCCACCCUUGGGCUGUUUCUCUUUGCACUGCUCAUUGGAAAUAUGCAAAGAUACCUUCAAUCAGCAACACUGCGACUGGAAGAAUGGAGGAUCAGGAGAACUGAUACAGAACAAUGGAUGCAUCACAGGCAGCUGCCUCCACAACUAAAGCAGUCUAUUCGACAAUAUGAUCAAUACAAGUGGUUGGCAACUAGAGGGGUCGAUGAAGAAGCACUUCUCAAUGGCCUCCCUAUGGAUCUUCGGAGAGAGAUCAAGCGCCAUCUAUGUCUCUCUUUAGUUCGAGGGGUUCCGCUAUUCAAUCAAAUGGAUGAAACAAUGCUGGAUGCGAUAUGUGAGAGGCUUAAGCCAGCACUAUGCACCAAAGGCAUGUUCCUUGUGCGUGAAGGUGACACUAUCCAUCAGAUGAUCUUUAUAAUUAGAGGUCACCUUGACUCUUUCACCACAGAUGGUGGUCGCACUGGGUUCUUCAAUUCAUGCAGUAUUGGCUCAGGUGACUUCUGUGGUGAGGAGCUACUAACAUGGGCCCUGGAUCCGCGUCCAAAUGUCAUCCUCCCAUCGUCCACACGCACAGUAAAGGCUAUAACUGAAGUUGAGGCAUUUGCUCUAGUAGCAGAGGACCUAAAAUUUGUGGCAUCACAAUUCCGAAGGCUUCAUAGCAAACAACUUAGACACACGUUUAGGUUCUACUCACAUCAGUGGCGAACAUGGGCAGUAUGUUUUAUACAGGCAGCAUGGCGUAGGCAUAAAAAGCUGAAGGAAAUGGCUGAACUUGGAGCUAGGGAGCACGGACGACCCCAAAAGAAUUCCUUUUGGAUGAGGUAUGCUGAAACACUACUAGAGAGGAGUAGAAGUCGGAGGCUUGUUAACAACUCUGCCGAAUCAAGUUCUAGUGUUGUUAGCUUGCUACAGAAGCCCACAGAGCCAGAUUUUGAUUGAAUUGUACAAUACAAACUCUGGAACUGGGCCUCACACUGGUGAGUUGUUUGUGUACCUUGUCUCACUUUUUCCCCUAUUUUUGUUGGAUGAAUGAAUUGUUCAAAUUGGAAUGGUAGACUUGAAAAGCAUAUGCAGUAAAUGUAUACCAAUUGUAUACCAAUCAAUUAAGGACAUUACAGUAAUGAUCCCCUCGUUGCUGUUAGGAUUUUUAGUAUUGGUUAUUUCCAUGACAGAUUUAUUUGUAAUUAUUCAAAUGUGUUCAGUUGUAAUUAUAUGUUGUAAUUAAGGAUGAAGACAAAAGAAUAUUGUUCAUUG